GUCCGCCGGUCAGUCGACACCGUGAACUCAGCAAGUGAAGAUGUACACAGCAGCGCUCCUUCUCUCCAGCGCGGUGGCUCUUGUGGCGGGCCUUCCGCAGUUCGAAGUGGACGCCGAAGAGCCGUUCCUGGACAUCGAGUCUCCGUCCCCCAGACAUGAAGAAUUCAACUGCGUGGAGGACGGCGUUUACGAAGACCCGGUGCAGUGCGACAAGUACUGGGUGUGUGAGGGAGACUACGCCACCCCGAGACUCUGCGACGAUGGGCUUGUCUUCGAUGUCCUCAAGGCGAAGGCGGGCAGCGCCGACCCUUGCGAGUACCCUUAUGUGGCCGACUGUGGCAACAGGCUCAAGCUUCAGAAUGCAACGUACCCCAGUAAGUAUUGCCCACGCAGUAAUGGGAUCUUCGCGGACCCUAACCCAGCUAUCUGCACCCGCUUCUACACCUGUAUCAAGGGCCUCCACACUGUCACAGACUGCACUUCGGGACUCCACUUCGAUGAUGUGGAGGGGAUUUGCAACUGGCCAGACCGUGUAGGCAGGACCGGCUGUGAAGAGGACAAGAUGGCUUCCUGUGCCAACAACGGUGCUUUCUGCUGCACGGGGGAGAGGGUCAUCAACUCCCAGGGGGUGGAACUACCCCACCCGACCUACAUCAACCCUGACGACUGCCAGAAGUUCUACGUGUGUCUGAAUGGCCAGACGCCGCAGGAGUCCUCUUGCAGCCUGGGUCAAGUCUACAAUGAGAAGACGAUGAUGUGUGAUUUUCCGGAGCAUGUUCCCGAAUGUGAGGGUUGGUACAAGAGCAACCCUUUGUUCGACGUCCUCUAUGACGACGACGACGGCGAUGGCCUUAAAGACUUCGGGGAUCGUAGGGACUUCACUCAAACUUCCAUCAACUAACGUGCAUGAAUCUUCGUCGUCUGCUCCUUCCUUCCUUCCCUCCUGUCACCUGUCCGUCAUGCCUCCGUCAAUCACUUUGCCAGUGUCAUAACUUCCCCCGUGGCAGGACGUCUUCUUAAUCCUCCACUCCCAAGAUCUUCACUAACUUGAACAAAACAAUUAUCUUCACUAACUUAAUAACCGUGUGUGUGCUCAACGUGCUGUUGCAAGUAUCUUUUGCUCUACCAAAACAUGGACAACAGAGAGACGUCAAUCGUUACUCCUCUCUCCUUCAACUACUAUCCCUUCAAACUACCACUUUCAAGAGAAGCCUGUUUAUAAUAUAAUGCACUAUACCCACUUAAACACUCCAAUCCUCCAUAAAAUCAACUGUGUACCUUCGUGUCAGCUGUUUACCUUAUUCAGUCCACUACACCUGUGUCCUCCAUCGUGACAGCUGUUUACCUUAUUCAGUCAACUACACCUGUGUCCUCCUCCUCGUGUAUUGGGUCCCAGUGGCCAAGGUGACUUCUUCCCUCUGGGAAUGUUUUCUUACCCUCGACAGCCUGUCCUCUGCGUGACGAAGCUCCAACAGCCGUGAAGGUUACGGUUUUCACAGCGCGGAAUGUGUGAGUUUUUUGUCUGGCGUUCGUCCUUCGAGAAACAGGUGAAUGUUGAGAUAUUGUGGAAGAGCUUGUUUAUUCUUUGUGGCGAGAUAGUGAGUUGCAACACCUGCUAGUAAGCCAGUGGAUACAGUAACUACUGGUAAGCCAGUGGACACAAUAGCCCCUAGCUCAAUAGCCUCCAGCAUUCUUCGGUAGCUUGUGUAGUAUUUAGCUCUUAGCUGUAGCCUAGUGUUCACCUCUGGGUACAAAUACGCAAGAGACAAGAAAGCCUGAAUGAAACCUACUGUAUUCUGUAAUCUUUAUAUCUAAUUUCCAGUCUCAGUAAGAAUGGCUCCAAGGUCUAAGGAUAAAGGUGUCUCUAAUUUCCAUCAGGUUAAGACAAUGAUUCUUACAGAUUUUCUAAAUUUUCCAAAGACGUUUUCGGUCUCUUUUGAAAUAAGAUGAAAAUCUGCGUCUCUGAUAGAAAUUAAUCUCGUACAACAGAAUGUGUGUACUCACCUAGUUGUGCUUGCGGGGGUUGAGCUCUGGCUCUUUGGUCCCGCCUCUCAACCGUCAAUCGAUUGGUGUACAGAUUCCUGAGCCUACUGGGUUCUAUCAUAUCUACAUUUGA